GAACCUCGUAGGGACUUGUACUCACUUGGUUCUGAUAGCGAGGCUUUGUGAAGUCGUCGCGCUUCUUUCACAACUUCCGUGGCGUCGGCGCUAGGUGUUUGCGUCACUUCCGGGCGGCGCGCGCGACGGAGCGGCCAACGGCCUGCCGAGCAACAUGCCCAAGUUUUAUUGUGACUACUGUGACACGUAUCUCACGCAUGAUUCUCCGUCCGUGAGAAAGACGCACUGCAGCGGUAGGAAGCAUAAGGAGAACGUGAAAGACUACUAUCAGAAAUGGAUGGAAGAGCAGGCUCAGAGCCUGAUUGACAAAACAACCGCUGCCUUCCAACAAGGGAAGAUCCCGCCUACCCCGUUCUCCGCUCCUCCGCCCGCGGGGGCUAUGAUCCCGCCUCCACCCAGCCUGCCGGGUCCUCCUCGCCCUGGUAUGAUGCCAGCACCCCAUAUGGGAGGCCCUCCCAUGAUGCCAAUGAUGGGGCCCCCUCCUCCCGGGAUGAUGCCAGUGGGACCUGGUUCUCAGCAUGGGCCUCCUGCUCACCUUUCCUACAACUCCGAACAAACGCUUAGUGCUCCCGGAAUGAGGCCCCCCAUGGGAGGCCACAUGCCAAUGAUGCCUGGGCCGCCGAUGAUGCGACCUCCCGCUCGCCCCAUGAUGGUGCCCACUCGGCCCGGAAUGACUCGACCAGACAGAUAAAGCCGGAGGGCGGCCUCUCUGUGUCUGUUUCACAUUAUUUGUUCUGCUUCUCCAGGGGAUGGUGGUGCUGGAACGCCAGGUGCUUUCUAACAGCACGGAUGACAAAACUUGCUCCCCCUUCCUAUCAAAGAGAGAAUAGUUUUGAAGGGGGAAGUGGGAUAAAAGUGCAGAAAGUUACAGUUUCGGUUGUGUUGUGAAAUGCGAAAAUAAAGUUGUCAGCUCUUUUAGUUAAA